ACUGUGUAUGAAUGCUGAGCCCGCGAAAGGUGGGCGUUCUCUAUGGCCUCUCACUCUCCUCCUGCUUUGUCUUCCCCAACUCUUUCCAGCGAAAGCCUGCACCUAUGACCUAACCUAGAAAGCUAGAAAGGUGUUUCGCCAUUAACGGAAUCUCUCUCAUCUACAAAAUGGUCCUCUCCUCAACAACUCUCGUUGACACAGUGAACAAGUAAACAUCAAUUGCCAGCUUUUCCAAUCCCCAAUUCAUGGCGGCAUCCACGCAUGCUGUCGAUGGCUCUAGCAAGAAAGUGAGGAAACCGUACACCAUCACCAAAUCCAGGGAGAGCUGGACUGAAGAAGAGCACGAUAAAUUUCUCGAAGCUCUGCAACUGUUUGAUCGUGACUGGAAAAAGAUUGAAGAUUUCGUUGGUUCAAAGACAGUAAUCCAGAUAAGGAGUCAUGCUCAGAAAUACUUUCUGAAGGUCCAGAAAAAUGGUACAAUAGCACAUUUGCCUCCUCCACGUCCCAAACGUAAAGCUGCUCAUCCUUAUCCACAGAAGGCAUCCAAAAAUGCUUUGCCAUUGCAAGCAUCCAUGGCUUAUCCUUCAACAUUGAAUUGUCUUGUACCUGGUUAUUCCCCAUGGGAGGACACAUCCAUGCUUGUAAACACUUCAUCAAGUGGCACUGUUCCCUCAUUAGACGAGUACACCAAUCUUCAUGGAGUUGAAGCUGAUACUGGAUCAAACGGAGUUGCAAGGACAGGUGACAGCAGCUUUAGUGGUUUUGGAAGCUCAAUUAGAUCUUUGUCCAGUUGUAACAUACCCAAGCAAGGAAAGCAAGGGUCUCUACUUCAUGGUAUUCCGGACUUUGCUGAAGUAUAUAGUUUCAUUGGAAGUGUCUUCGACCCAGACACUAUAGGUCAUGUGCAGAAGCUUAAGGAGAUGGAUCCCAUUAAUUUUGAAACUGUCUUGUUGCUGAUGAGAAACCUGACCAUUAAUUUGUCAAGCCCUGAUUUUGAACCAAUUAAGAAGGUUUUAUCAUCAUAUGAUGGCAGUGCCGAACUGCCGAUACCGUAAGAGGUACUUCCGUAGCAGUUGGUGCAAGCCAAAACAAUGAUCUACCAUGUUGAACUGCUGAGAAAUUUCUGAUUUGUAUGUGUCAUCUCUUGUAAUAUAUUUUGGUUUUCUUGGAAUUACAAGGUCAUUUUUAAUGUUGAAGCUCUCUAACCAUUAUAACAAUGUUUUCAUUGUUUACUAGUGUUAAGGAUGUUAAAAUGUCUGUUCUCAUGGAGCAGUUGCUGUUUGUAGCAAGCUACAACUAAAAGGAUGGAGAACCGUAGAAACAUCUCCCAUGUUUGAUCCAAUACAGAAUAAUACAAGAAGAUGUUUUGUUUUUUAA